AGUUAGGUUCUCUAUUGAGGUUUUCUAUAUAUUACAAGGGUUUUCGACAUGCUUAACCUUUUCUUAAACAAAGAGAGACAAACAAGGUAUGAAUGCCAUUUAGCCCAAACAUAAAUCUGAAGGCCCAUAUUUCACAGCCCAACAUAUGGAACCCUACAUCCGAACGGAAAAGGUGUGAAGACGGAAAAAUCUUCCUCACAAAAUCAAUCAGAAAAUCGUUACCUAUCCUGGAAGCAUCGCAGCAGAUUAGCAAAGAAGAAAAAUCAGACAAAGACGAAACAAAUCGAGGCAACAAUACGAAGAAAGAACCACAGUAAUAGUAGUACAAAAAAAAAAAAAAGGAAAAAACUAGGAAAUGGCGGAGAACAAGGAAUCGGUACCGGCAAAGUAUGACGUUAACGCAAAAUGGAACGCCUGCCUCGAUCUGACUGUCCGCCGCUUCGUUUACUCAUCCUUGGCUGGCGCUUUUGGCGGCCUCCUUUUCUUCAGUUGUCUCUCUUCCCCCAAAUUUAUCAUUUUAUUUUCUUGGAGUCCAGUGACUCGAUGGGUGUCUGUAGCUUUUGGUGCUGGGAUUGGAAUUGGAUCUGCAUACACAGAUUGUUCUCAUAUUUUUUAUGAAUAUCCUGCAAAGUUGGCUCCUCCUAAACUUGAUGAUGCUCCUGUUCCCCAGGAGCGACAGGAGUGAGCUGAUGUUGUUGAAGUUCCUGAAAGUUGAUAGGUUUAAAUUCAGAAUUUUCAUAAGUUAAUAUUGUUAGUCUUUUCCCCAUCAAUGUCUUUUGAAUUUGUAGUACAAACAUUGUUGUUGGUGGGUAAACAAUUAACAUGAAUGCCCAAAAAUUUAGUAUGAAUCCUGUUGUCUUUUCCUCUGCAGUUCUAUCAUGAGUAAACAAAAUUUGGAGGGGAAAAUGGAAAUAAUUCCUUCUGUUGCAGGCUUAAA